GUAAAAUCAAAUUCCGCUAUUCAGUUGCCGUUCGCCCGUCAGUCGUCGCCGCUGCUUAACGUUCGUUUGUCGUGACUCUGGCAGCUACUCGCUGAGUGCGCGCCGUACUCGCUGCUGUCGUGUGUUUGUGUGUGUGUGUGUGCGUUUACCGUUUGUUACCAUCGCUGCAAGUUGCAGGCCAACAGGCGAGCUGCUCGACACCCAACCCACCCCCCAGCCCACAGCAACAACUGCCGCUGCCGUCACGCACUCGCUGCUUCUGCUGCUGCUGCCGCUGCCGUCGCUGCGACAUAUCCAACAGAUACUUUUGCGUGUGCUUUCGAAUUCGUUUUCAAUUCAGCCACGUCCUGUUACGGGUGCAGACGCGUUGUGUUUCCGUUUUGUGUGUGCUUCCGUGCCAGCCAAUCAAACAUUUGAGCUACUCCAUAUACUUACCCUAAUUACGCGCUGGAUUAAAUUAUUAAAACACUAAAGCCGACGCGGAUUUAGAAUCAACAGCCGAAUAUACCGACCACCGGCCACAGCCACGACACCGCCUGAUUAUUUCUCUCUGUGCGUGUGUGUGUGUGCUAAAAAGCACCGCAAUUGCGUUUGGUGUGUGCGUGUGUGUCUACGUAUCUGUGUGUACAUGUGUAUAUGUGUGUGUUGUUGUCUGUGAGGCUAUAACAGCAACGAGCUGGCAUCAAAGUCGCAUUAAAAACAUAUCCAUGAGUUACUUAAAAUUAAUCACUAACAUAAUCACUGUGAUUUUUAUUUGAACCUGAGCUGCCGUCUCGCUCACACGCGUGUGUAACAACAUCAACAACAACACCAACAACAAUAACAAACGAUGCCAAAUUGUGUGCAAACUAUAAAAAGCGCUUUAAAUGUUUUAGCUCUUGAUUAGCCAUCGAAAGUCAUCGAAAAUAUAAACACAACACACAAAUCUGUUGCAAUCACAGCAACAACAGCAACAACAACGACAACAACAACAACAACAACAUGCUGCUGGAUCACAGCGACUUGGGCCUGGGCGGAGGAGGCGGAGGCGGAGGUGGAGGCGGCGCUGAUGACGGGGGCACAGUGACCCACAACGAUGACAACAACAAAUCGCCAUUGGGCGCCAAUGGGUUAAUGUCAGCGGCCGCGAAUGCCGGUGGCGCCUCCAGCGGCAAUGACAACGGCGACGAUGUCGACGAGGAUGUCAUUGAUUGAGCGAUUGCUAAGUAUAUAUAAACAAAUGAAAUGAUAGCUAUAUAUGUAUUUUAUAUAUAUAUAUAGAUAUAUGAAAUAUUUAAAU